AUGGUUAUCAAAGUUCAAUUUUUGUUGUUUUAUGGAUCAACAAAGGAGUCCUUUAGAGUUAAGAGUAAGUUUAAAAAAUGGCACGUGAACUCCAAUCAAGGAUUUCCUAUUUUGCUUUCAAAGAAUAGUGCCUUAACAAACAUCAUAGUUAAUGACAUUCAUGUUCAGCUUGCUCAUUCUGGUUGUUAUGCAGUCCUUUCUGAACUUAGAAAAAGUUUUUACAUUCCAUGCCAUUUUUCUGUCGUAAAGAAGUGUUUAAAAAAAACAAUGUGUCAUUGCAAACGAUUCAAUGCUAGAACUAUUAAGUUAAAUCAAAGUCAAUAUCGUGAAUUCCGGUCAAAUCCUCCUCACACUCCUUUUGCUAAUAUUUUUAUUGAUCACCUUGGUCCAUUUUAUGUUAAGAAAAAUCAGCAAAAGGAGAAAGUAUGGCUUCUUUGUGUUACCUGUACAUGGUCACGAGCUAUCAACCUUAAGAUUUGUCAUGAUCUUUCUAUGAAAGAAUUUUUGCGUGCAUUUCAGAUGCAUUGUUUUGAAUUUGGAGUACCACAAUUAUGUAUAAGUGAUUUAGGUUCUCAAUUUACUGCUGGAUUUAAUUUAAUAACUGAUUUUUUACAAGAUCCAGAAGUUCAAGUUUAUUUUGAAAGCAAUAAUGUAAAACCACUAUCUUUUCAGCAAUACUUUAAAGGUUGUAGUGCGUUAGGGUCAUUGGUUGAGGUAUGUGUUAAAUUGGUCAAGAGACUUCUUUUUGGAUCCAUUAAGAAUAAUGUUUUAUCAUAUUUUGAUUUUGAAUUUAUAGUUGCUAAUAUCAUUCAUUUAGCUAAUAGAAGACCCAUUGCGUUUAAGGAAUCUUUAAGAGAUAUUUCUGACGAACUGCCUGAACCCAUAACUCCUGAGCAUCUUAUUAGGGGAUAUGGAUUAACCUCCUUAAAUUUAAUUCCUGAUUUACAUUACAUACCAUCCGAGGAUCCUGACUAUGAGCAUCAGGUAAAUCCUUCCACUUCUAUACAGUGUCAGUAUGCUAAAUUAAGAAAAAUUCGUUCAGAGUUAUUUGAAAUUUAUCAUGGUGAGUUUUUAGGAACAUUAAUUUCUCAAGGCAGUUGA